AAAAAAUAACAACUUAAGGAAAAAAAGAUAGCUCCAAUUUCCAUUCCAAAUACAAAAACUAAUUCGAAAAAUGUCGUGGCAAACGUACGUGGAUGAACAUUUGAUGUGUGAAGUCGAAGGCGGCGGCCACCUUACGGCCGCCGCAAUCGUCGGCCACGACGGCUCCGUCUGGGCACAAAGCUCCAACUUCCCUAAGUUUAAAGCAGAGGAGAUGAAAGCCAUACUGACUGAUUUUGAUGAGCCAGGACAUCUAGCCCCAACAGGAUUAUUCCUUGGAGGAACAAAAUACAUGGUUAUCCAAGGAGAGCCUGGGGCUGUUAUUCGUGGAAAGAAGGGUUCAGGAGGAAUAACAAUCAAGAAGACAAACCAAUCUCUAUUGUUUGGUAUAUAUGAGGAGCCAGUUACUCCUGGACAAUGCAAUUUAGUUGUUGAGAGGUUAGGAGAUUAUCUCGUUGAUCAAGGUCUCUAGGUUAAUUGAUUCCCUCUCCACAUACUACUAAAUUCUCACCCUAUGUAAGGUUUUGCUUUUUUACCUUUAUCUUCCCCUCAAUUAUGACAAAGAUGGUGUUAUUAGACAUGCAAUUUUUAGGACUUGGAAUUUGUUCUAAAGAUAAUUUUAGGGGAUAUAAACGCAUGAUGCUUUAUGUAUCGGGUUACCCUUUUUACUUCAUCAAAAUUAAUGAGUAGUCUCUUAUUCAUGAA